UCCCAACCGGUUUAUUCUGACAAAUGGUGAGCACCCUAGAACUCGGCUAAGGGAAAACCGCUGACCAGAUGAUAUUUCAAUACUAAUUGGGUUCCAAGCCCCUCUAUCUUGCCAGACUUACAUCUUCACUUCCGGGUUUUGCAUUUACUUGCAAGAAGCAUUUAACAGCUCGAUAUUCCUGACUGCAAUAAUACAAACAGCAGUGGAGAGAACGUUGAUCUUAGCCUGUAUUGGGAUUUCCGAACUAAAGCCAUGGCUUCUGCAAGUUCCUCUCAGACAUUCGUGCAAUUGACGUCAUCAGAGGAAGGGAACUGGCUUUCCCUUGGCCGUGCGUUAACGACAGUUCUUUGUCAAGGUCUUCACCCGUUUAUUAAGAAAGAGACAGAGGCUUUCUAUAACAAUAUAAAGGCAGCCAUUCCUAGUGGACCCUGCACCUGUGUCUAUGAUCCGGGAAGGAAACCAAACCGGUAUCAUGACAUGCGCAGCUGCCACUGGGCAAAUGUCCUUCAGGGUUAUCACCUCGGGAGAGGGCCGAACUGGAAGCAAAGUGAUACUUCCAAAUGGAUGGACCCAAAUGUUGGUCCCUGGGAAAUAGCCAAGCUUUUUCUCCCCGACAUAGGCGGUCACACGGUAAUAGAGAGCGUGGAAGACAUGGAAAUCUCUGCUAUUCUCAAUUUGAUGUUCUGGUGCAAUCACUUUACUGUUCAGCGGCCACUGAUCAAAGAUGUUCGAGAUAUUCGAAACACGAAAUGGGCGCAUGUGGCAACGUUGAAGUUGUCUGAUGCAGAAAAGAAAGAUGCCUUUAAAACGAUUGAGAAUUUACUCCAAGAUCCGGCCUUGGUUAGCGAUGUAGGCGCCCAGGGAACCUUGCGACAAAUUUUAGCUCUCAAGUCUUCUUCGGAUGUGCACAUUUUCAAAGCGGAGGUCUUAUCUCAUUUUAAGGAAGCGAUUCAGAAAGAUGUCAUGAACCUCAACAAUGAGUUGAAGUCGCUGAAAAAGGAAUCCAAAAGAAACCAAAAACAACGCAGUCGUGUGGAAGGGCAACUGCGAAAACUUCAGAAAACCCUAAAGGAUGUGGAAAAUAAGCAAAGAGCUUCAAUGUCUGUACCACAUCGUGUCAUCAGUCGCAUGUUGUCCGUUGCACAUCUUGUCAUCAGUGGUAUGUGGUACGUUGUAAGUUGCCUGCUCAAAAGUACUCGAGGUGUAAGACGAAAAUCGCUCGUCACUUUGCUGAUGUUUUUGUUUCUUUGUGGUCUUGUCGAUGUCCUGGAUCACAAAUCACACAGAGAUGGAUGUCCUGCAGAAGAUAUCAGCGUUCCAUUUGACAGCAAAGAGUUCAACCUGACAGACUACUUAACUACAGCUCGAGAAAACUUUAUCGGUCGUCGAUGGCUGUAUCAAGAGAUAGAAAAUGUCUUCUAUCCCACCCGGGCGGUCUCUGGUGUCUUGAUUAUCGGGGAUCCAGGGGCUGGAAAGUCCGCCCUGUCUGCCCAGUUGGUAUGCUCACGAACAUCAAGUCGUACGAUCCAUGACCAUGUAUUGGGGUACCACCUGUGUAAGCACUCGGACAAAAAUACACAGAUUGCAGGCAAGUUUGUCCGUAAUUUAGCUGAGAUGAUAGCUCGAAGAUUGCCUGAAUAUGGUUACGUUGUCUCAAACAGUUCCCACAUUCAGCGUUCGUUAAACACUGACUGUGUCACCAUUCAAGAUCCAGUAGGAUGUUUUGAACAGGCAGUCCUGUUGCCCUUAAAAAGCCUGACGAAUGUACCUAAAGAUAACUGGUAUAUUGUCAUUGAUGCCCUCGAUGAAUGCCUCACUCAAAGUGAAACGAGCCACAGUAUCGUAUAUCUACUCAAUAACAAGCUUCCGCGGUUUCCAUCGUGGCUGAAGCUUGUAAUGACUUCUCGUAACGAAUCAAGCGUUUCGUUACACUCAGAUAAAAUAACGAAACUAGUUAUUGAUCCUGAAGACCCCCGAAACAUCGACGACAUAGAGCUGUUUUUGUCAGCAAAAUUUUACCAAGAUGGCUCUUUUCUUCGUCGAGUGAAGUUUUGGUUUGGAGACAGUGGUAUAGAAAAGACCGCAAAGUUGAUUUCUGUUCUGUUGAGAAAAAGUCAAGGAAAUUUUCUUUUUGUCAAGGAAAUGCUUCAUCACUGGGAAACCUCAAGGGUCGCAAGAAGUGAUCCCUAUGCACUGCCGGAAACCUUAGGAGAAUUAUACCACAGUUACUUCCAAAGAUUGUACGAUCGACGGGUAAGGUUCAAACCUGUUCGACAGGUGUUGGAAUUAAUCGUGUCGACGUUUCAGCCACUAACUCCAAAAGACAUUUUCCAGAUUCUCAAAAUAAAAGAAACAAGCCUUGAAGAAGACUACGACUUUAAAGAUAGAAUGCAAGAGCUUGGACACUUUCUGAGAUACGGCGAAAAUGACACAGUAACACUGUAUCACCUGUCUUUAACCGAGUGGCUGACAAGCGACAGCAACAGGAAUGGUCAA